AUGGUGUCGUGGAUCCUCAGCCGGGUGGUGGUCAAAUGGAUGAUGUACUGGAUAAUAUUUGCGCUCUUCACGACAGCAGAGACAUUCACGGAUAUCUUCCUACCCUGGCUGCCCUUUUACUAUGAGCUGAAAAUGGCCUUUGUGCUGUGGCUGCUGUGUCCCUACACCCGCGGGGCCGGGCUGUUGUACCGCAGGUUUGUGCAUCCAACGCUGGCCCGGAAUGAGAAGGAGAUCGAUUCCUGCAUUGUCCAAGCCAAGGAGCGGAGCUGUGAGGCCGUGCUGCGCUUCGGCAGGAGGGGGCUCAACAUGGCGGCCAUGGCUGCAGUGCAGGCGGCCGCCAAGGUGAGACCCCCCCCCAUCCCAUAACCCCCCCAUUUGGGG